GUCCUCAAGGAACAUCUCUGGGACCGCCUCUGUUCCCAAGCUAUAACCGACAAGCUUCGUUUAACUCCUGAUUACCUUUGUUUGUCAGGAUCUGUUCAUCCUGUUCAACGCACACCUCUGCUGCUCUCACAAGGUAUAAAAAACUGUAAGGAUGGUGUUUAUCUUGGUUCUACUGGCAGUCGGAAUCACAGAGGCUUCCCAGUAUCACAACUGGGGUUAUGGGAUGAAGCAACACCAGGUUGUGAUCCCCUCUCCUAACCUCAACUCUAAUGGCAAGAGCAUGGACAAUUAUGGUACUGCAAGAAGUUAUGGAAAUGGUCCAAGUUUCUCCUAUGCAGGUGCUCCAAGUGGAAGUGGAGGUCAUGGAAACUUCAACAAUUUUAAGAUGAUGUCUGCACCAUCAUCACAAUAUUUCAAGAAUCCACGGUUGGAUAAAAAUGUCUACAACAAUUAUGCUUCAGGAGAUGUGAACUCUAGGUACAAAAGUAACAUUUUAGACAUGCAAAGAAAAUCUGGGAACUAUAACAUUCCCUUGAGUGCUCCUACCAAUCUUCGCUCCUACAGGAACUACGGGGUUCACAGUGGUGCAUACAGACCAGCAGGUUUCUACGGGAACAAGACUCCUUCUGGAUUCACUUUUCCACAAAAUUUUGCUCAAGAUUUUCAUGGUACUCGUAUCUAUGAUGGACCAAGAGUUGUAAAGAACAAUCCCAAGAAAUCUGGUAUCUAUGUCAUUCCAACACCUUCAAAGUUAUAUUUUGAUGGAAUAAAGAAUUAAGCAUGUUGCAAAUUUGGGUAGUUUCUCUUAUUUUUCAGAAAAUAUUCAAUAUUAAAAUGUUAAUUGUAUGGUAAUUUGAGGUUAAUGCACUGGGUUUCCAAUUUUUUUAAUGUUUAAUAAUGGAAACUCAUUUGCAGCACUUCAAAAGAGGAUGAACUGGUGAAGUGUGGGACAAAAUAAAAUUUAAAAGCUGU